CCUAAAGGCAAUAGCUAGCAUGGGUGGUGGUACUACUGCUCCUGCAGGCGUCGCCGCCGCAGAAGAAGAAGGGGUUGCAAAGGCUGUCACCACCGCCACCCCGCACGCCGACAUACCGAAUAUCAUGUCGUCUCUCCCCACUGGGCCGGGGUUCCCGCCCUACCAGUUGAGCUACUACGGGGGUUUCUGGCUGUCGGGCCUGUUCCUCAAGGGCAUCGCCGCGUCGCACGCGCGCUUCAAGCCGAGACCCACCGACGUGCUCCUCACGAGCUUCCCCAAGUCCGGCACCACCUGGCUUAAGGCCCUCGCCUUCUCUGCGCUCAACCGCGCGGCCCACCCACCAUCCUCCGCCGGCCACCACCCGCUGUACCGCAGCAGCCCCCACGACCUCGUCAGCUUCCUCGAGGUGAGCCCCGAGCUCAUCGCCACCGACUAUGCUGGGGAAGACGAGCUGUACGGGGAGCUCCCUUCUCCCCGGCUGCUCGCCUCCCACCUCCCCUACUCCCUGCUCCCCAACGGCAUCAAGAUCGUGUAUGUGUGCCGGGACCCCAAGGACACGCUGGUCUCCUUGUGGCACUUCCACGAGAAGACCACCGCCGUGCUGCUCGGGGUGCCGGGCGUCGCCGGCGCGUCGCCUCCAACCAUGCCAACUUUUGAGGAGGCGUUCGAGCUCUUCUGUGAGGGCCGGUGCAUAUCGGGGCCGCACUGGCGCCACGCGCUCGAGUUCUGGGAGGCGAGCCGCCGGCGUCCCGACCAGGUGCUGUUCCUCAGGUACGAGGACAUGCUGCUCGAUCCAGCAGGGAACCUCCGAACGCUAGCGGCGUUCAUGGGAUGCCCGUUCUCGCCGGAGGAGGAGGCCGCCGGGGUGGUGCACCACGUCGUGGAGCUCUGCAGUCUGGCAAAGCUCAAGGGGCUGGAGGUGAACAGGAGCGGGAGCACGCUGCUUGGGCUCAAGAACGAGGUGUUCUUCAGGAAAGGGACGGUGGGAGACUGGAGCAGCUGCAUGACGCCGGCCAUGGCGGCGCGGCUGGACGGGGUCGUCAAGGAGGCGCUCAAGGGAUCCACGCUAACCUUUGGCCCAGCUCCAGUAAUUAAUUAAGUGUAUCUCUAGUUCUCACCUUUUAUUUUUUUCUGUUUAAUUAUCGGUUUCAAAUUCGCCCUUAUCGGUCCAUCACGAAUAAGAAAUACGCACGCUGUAGUCUGAAACCUACACGUC